AUGGCUCAAAAUAGUACCCUCAAACAGGCUGAUUACAACGCUAUUAUUAUUCUCCGGAAAGUCCAGAAUCCGGAAUCCGGAAUCCGGAAUCCAGAAACCGGAAUCCAGAAUCCAGAAUCGGGAAUCCAGAAUCCAGAACACGGGAUACGGAAUAUGGAAUACGGAAUACGGAGUACGGAACCCAGAAUCCAGAAUCCGGAAUCCGGAAUCCGGAACCCAGAAUCCAGAAUCCAGAAUCCAGAAGCCAGAAUCCAGAAUCGGGAAUCCAGUAUCCAGAAUACGGAAUGCGGAAUACGGAAUACGGAAUCCAGUAACCGGAAUAUGGAAUCCGGAAUCCGGAAUCCGAAAGCAGGAUAUCUCUGCUUCUCACUACUAUACCACAUUUCGUUGUGUCACACUUUCACCUAUUCGCAUAAAAAUCAUCUUCGACCCUUUUGA